CGGACGCGCCGCACCAAACUGGCGAUCAGCAAAACCUUCGCGGCAGUCUACCUGGCGCGCAGAUGCGAAUUUUCUCUUGGUCCCGCCGGAAGUCCGGGACACGUGAUCUGGUGACAGCGCACGCUUGGCUGCCUGGCCCCCUUUAGGUGCUGCGGCGCGGGAUGGCGGAGGCGCCUCCGGUCUCAGGUACUUUUAAACUCAAUACGGAUGCUGCUGAAUUCAUUCCUCAGGACAGAAAAAAUUCUGGUCUAAACUGUGGGACUCAAAGAAGACUAGACUCUAAUAGAAUUGGCAGAAGAAAUUACAGUACAUCACCUCCCUGUCACCUUUCCAGGCAGGUCCCAUAUGAUGACAUCUCUGCUGUUCAUCAGUACAGUUAUCCUUCUGGAAGCAAACCUAAAAAUCAACAGACAUUUUUCCAAUCUUCUGCUUCUAACAAGUCACUCAAGAACCAUGGCCUUCAGUGUCAGCCUUGGCAAAAAUUGAGGAAUGAAAAGCACCAUAUCAGAGUCAAGAAAGCACAAGGGCUCAUUGACCACACUGCAGAUAUAGCUAGCUUAGAAAAUGUGGCAAGAUCAGAAAGUGGGACAAAUCCCAGAGAGCACAGCCCUUCUGAGAGUGAGAAGGAGGUUGUUGGUGCUGAUCCCAGGGGAGCAAAACCCAAAAAAGCAGCACAGUUUGUAUAUAGCUAUGGUAGAGGACCAAAAGUUAAGGGGAAACUCAAAUGUGAAUGGGGUAACAAAAUAACUCCAAAACCUGAGGAUGUGGGACCUGAAAAUAUCAAACCUGUGGGAGUUUCCCACCCUGACUCUUCAGAUGCAUCCUGUAGAAAAGGAGGGCUGGAUGGGUAUGGGGCCAGACGAAAUGAGCAGAGAAGAUACCCACAGAAAAGGCCUCCUUGGGAAGUGGAGGGGGCCAGGCCACGACCAGGCAGGAAUCCACCCAAACAGGAGGGCCAACGACAUGCAAACGCAGGCCCCAGAAACAACAUGGCUCCCAUUCCAAAGGAUAUCAAUGAAAGAUCAACAAAAUCUGCCUGUGACAGUGAGAAUUUGGCAAUCAUCAACAAGUCUUCCAGACGGGUCAACCAAGAGAAAAAUGUAAGGAGGCAGGAUCCUCCAAUGGUUUCUCCUUUCCCCCGAGGCAAACAGAACCAUGUGCUAAAGAAUAUGGAAACACAUACAGGUUCUCUAAUUGAACAGCUAACUACAGAAAAAUAUGAGUGCAUGGUGUGCUGUGAGUUGGUUCGAGUCACAGCCCCAGUGUGGAGCUGUCAGAGUUGUUAUCAUGUGUUUCAUCUGAACUGUAUCAAGAAAUGGGCAAGGUCUCCAGCAUCUCAUGCAGAUGGACAGAGUGGUUGGAGGUGCCCUGCCUGUCAGAAUGUUUCUGCACAUGUUCCUAAUACCUACACUUGUUUCUGUGGCAAGAUAAAGAAUCCUGAAUGGAGCAGAAAUGAAAUUCCACAUAGUUGUGGUGAGGUCUGUAGAAGGAAACAGCCUGGCCAGGAUUGCCCACAUUCCUGUAACCUUCUGUGCCAUCCUGGACCAUGCCCACCCUGUCCUGCUUUUAUGACUAAAACAUGUGAAUGUGGACGGACCAGGCACACAGUUCGCUGUGGUCAGGCUGUCUCAGUCCACUGUUCUAACCCAUGUGAGAACAUUUUGAACUGUGGUCAGCACCACUGUGCUGAGCUGUGCCAUGGGGGUCACUGCCAGCCUUGUCGGAUCAUACUGAACCAGGUAUGCUACUGUGGCAGCACACCCCGAGAUGUUUUAUGUGGAACAGAUACAGGAAAGUCUGAUGGAUUUGGGGACUUCAGCUGUUUAAAGAUAUGUGGCAAGGACUUGAAAUGUGGGAACCAUACAUGUUCUCAAGUGUGCCACCCUCAACCCUGUCAGCCUUGCCCACGGCUCCCCUAUCUGGUACGCUUUUGCCCUUGUGGCCAAACUCCUCUCAGCCAAUUGCUAGAACUUGGAAGUAGUGGUCGGAAAACAUGCAUGGAUCCUGUCCCUUCAUGUGGUAAAGUGUGUGGCAAGCCUCUGCCUUGUGGUUCCUCAGAUUUCAUUCAUACCUGUGAAAAGCUCUGCCAUGAAGGAGACUGUGGACCAUGCUCUCGCACAUCAGUUAUUUCCUGCAGAUGUUCUUUCAGAACAAAGGAGCUUCCAUGUACCAGUCUCAAAAGUGAAGCAGAUGCUACAUUUAUGUGUGACAAGCGGUGUAACAAGAAACGGCUGUGUGGACGGCAUAAAUGUAAUGAGAUAUGCUGUGUGGAUAAGGAACACAAGUGUCCUUUGAUCUGUGGGAGGAAACUCCGUUGUGGCCUUCAUAGGUGCGAAGAACCUUGUCAUCGAGGGAACUGCCAGACGUGCUGGCAAGCCAGUUUUGAUGAAUUAACUUGCCACUGUGGCGCAUCAGUGAUCUACCCUCCAGUUCCCUGUGGCACUAGGCCCCCCGAGUGUACUCAGACCUGUGCCAGAGUCCAUGAAUGUGACCAUCCAGUAUACCAUUCUUGUCAUAGUGAGGAGAAAUGUCCCCCCUGUACUUUCCUGACUCAGAAGUGGUGCAUGGGUAAGCAUGAGGAUUCUUAUCUUGAUGGACACAUUUUUCUCCACUUAUUUCCUUUACGAAGCAACAUCCCCUGUCACCUGGUUGAUAUCUCUUGCGGAUUACCCUGCAGUGCCACCCUACCAUGCGGGAUGCACAAGUGUCAGAGACUAUGUCACAAAGGAGAAUGCCUUGUGGAUGAGGCCUGCAAGCAGCCCUGCAGCACCCCCAGAGCUGACUGUGGCCACCCAUGUAUGGCACCCUGCCACCCCGGCUCAUCCUGCCCAGUGACUGCUUGUAAAGCCAAGGUAGAGCUACAGUGUGAAUGUGGACGAAGAAAAGAAAUGGUGAUUUGCUCUGAAGCAUCCAGUACUUAUCAGAGGAUAGCUGCUAUUUCUAUGGCCUCUAAAAUAACAGACAUGCAGCUUGGUGAUUCAGUGGAGAUCAGCAAGUUAAUUACUAAAAAAGAAGUUCAACAAGCCAGGCUAGAGUGUGACGAAGAGUGUUCAGCCUUGGAAAGGAAAAGGAGGUUGGCAGAAGCAUUUGAUAUCAGUGAUGAUUCUGAUCCUUUCAAUGUACGUUCAUCAGGGUCAAAGUUCAGUGACAGUUUGAAAGAUGAUGCCAGGAAGGACUUAAAGUUUGUCAGUGACAUUGAGAAGGAAAUGGAAACCCUCGUGGAGGCCGUGAAUAAGGGAAAGAACAGUAAGAAAAGCCACUGCUUCCCUCCCAUGAACAGAGACCACCGCCGAAUCAUCCAUGACCUGGCCCAAGUUUAUGGCCUGGAGAGUGUGAGCUACGACAGUGAACCAAAGCGCAAUGUUGUUGUCACUGCAGUGAGAGGAAAGUCCAUCUGUCCUCCUACCACCCUGACAGCUGUGCUUGAAAGGGAAAUGCAGACACGGCCUCCACCACCCAUUCCUCAUCACAGACAUCAGACAGACAGGAAUCCUGGGAGCACUAAUUUACAGAAGAUAGCUAAGGAGCCAAUAAUUGACUACUUUGAUGUCCAGGACUGAGAUCAAGACGUACUUAGAUAAAAGAAUGGUUAGGUGUAGUGAGACUCAUUUGCCAGCAGAUAAAUCAUGCUUGUUCCUCACUGCCUAGCAGAACCAUAGCUCUCUUAUACUGAUACAUCCAAAGCAUGAGUGUGUCAGAAAUCCCCUUGUCUAUUCCUGUCU